CUCUCACACUUUCCCUCUCAAACACACUGUGCACUUGGCAGCAGGUGUGUACUUCUGGCUAUCUCAGGAUCUGUAACAUAAUCAGCAGCUUCAAGGCUGCACCCACUCCCUCCCACAGGUAACAGGAGCAGCCAAGCAUCCGGCAGGACUUGCGUUGACACUUGUGACUAAACAACCAACAUACACCGCAAUCUGGAUGAUAUCAUCUGACGUCUGGCAACCAACCUCGAAUGGGAUGAGUGUAAAGUGAAGCCACAAAUACCUUUUAAAAAAACACCUUUACCUGGAGGCUUUGAAGCGCUCGGACUCUGACCUCACAUGGUUUAUCUCUCAUGAGGUCAAAGACUUUCAACUGCAACACCUGGAAAGUUCCACAGUGAAAAUGGGAGUUGGCACAGGGAAGGAUUAGGAAAAGAAAAGAUCAAAUGGACUGAAAAUCAAAAGAUGGAAAUGAUUUACGAUUUAAGUGUUCAAUGUUGAACAAAGACGGACUUCCAAAAGGGUUCAAGGACUUCUGAGAUCAUCUUAAUCAGACAUAAAAAAACAUUUACUUCUUUAUUAAAGACAAUCAAGAUGCCACUGAGGGCAUCCUUACACAGAAAGCCAACCUCUAGUCGUUGGUCAAGCAGAAACUCAAAGCGCAGAGAGGUGCUCUCCGUCAACAUGAUCAGUCUACCAUUGGCUGAUUUCCGCCAUAUUUCACAUAUUGGAAAUGACGCUAAUAGGGACAGCUUUGGAGAUCUAUCUUUCCUAAAAAUGGGCCACAAUCUCCUUCUACAAAGCUCCCAAAGUGAACAAAAUCUCUUCUUGGCCUGCUCUCCGCCACCAAAGCCCCCUCGUCUGAAUAUAGAGGCAGAGGGAUCAGAGAGCCCGGACUGGUCUGUGGGCCACCAGGACAACAUAGGCCAGAAGAGGAAGAAAUGCAGCUCUAUGCCACUGCUGGACAGUGAGGGAGCCGAGGAAGGAAAGUUUGAAAUGGGGGACCGAAACCAAACGGGAAAGAACAUUGCGACCAAUCAGGCCUACAGCGCUGGAUGGGACAACCUAAGUUCAAACAGGGAUGGAGACUCCACAGUAACCGCUGACAAAAUUGAUGGGCAACAGAAAGAGGAGGACAAUGGCUUUUCCUUUAGCCUCGACCUGGGUCCUUCCAUCUUGGAUGAUGUUCUGCAGGUGAUGGACAAACUACAACAAUGAAUACAAUGGAUAUCAGUACAAAGACAAAAAAAAUAAUACAGGAGGAAUCAAACUCUAUCCCAAACAUACUGUAAAGCAUUUUAAUCAGCAUUAUCUCUUCAUUAAGGAACACAUCUCAUAAAUCUGAUUUUGUGACUUUUGAAAAGCAAGUCCAUGAACAAGAAAUACUGAUAAAUUACCCGACAAGUUCACACAUGUCAACAGACAUCACCAAUGAGCAUAAAAGAUUUGUUCAUCUGAUGGAACUUUGCUUGAUAUUUCCCUAUACGGAGUUAUUGAUUGAAUGUUAAACUUUGAGUUGUACAUUUUUACCUUCCUGUACUUUCUUUACUAUUGUUAUACCCCACAACCACACAGUACAAUACUUGACGGCUGUUAAGGCUUAAGUAGUGUAGCGUUUAAGAAAUGAAAAGUUACGGGUGGAGUCCAAGGUCCUCGAGCUGUGAUGUCUUGGCUCUAAGCCUGCUUGCCAAUCUGUUGUGUGCAGAGGCCAAUUUCUCCUCCGCACGCAUCUCAGAGGCCCCACUUAAAAGGUACACCAAGGUACCCCCCAUCUCUCAUUCCUAACAAUGUAGUGAAAACAAACACGAAGCUCUGCUUCCAAUAAAAACCAGUGGUGGCAGGUUUCGCUGUAGACCAAGCCAGACCACAGGUCCAAGACCUUAGAAAAGGGAAAAAAACAGAGUGCUGGCUGUUUUCUUAGCUGCAAAGUCCAAUGUACUGGUGAAUGGCACACGAGAGGGAAAGUGGUAAAUGGUUAAGUGAUACUUCCACAUAUGCAGGGGGUGUCGAGGGAAGAGGACCAGAGAUAUCAAUUACAGCUGCAAAGUCUUGAUGGGGAUUUAAACACAACCGUCUGACUAAACAAACCAACAUGUAAAAAUAUGAUUAGAUAUCACUCUAUACACACACUGUUGCCUACAUACAAAGGGAAGAGCACAUACAAAUGCGGGCACAAAUGGAAUGAAGAAGAGAAGAUAGAGCCCCAGUCAGAUUGUCAGCCCCAGUCAGUUUCUUAGCAUACAGUUCCAAGGAAGGCUGUGGGGUGAAGCCACAAUGAGCCACAUACCAAAGUGCCACACGGGUCAUUUACCAACCGCAAGUGUCCUGCUGCUAGGAAAAAGACUUAGAAUUCUAUGCAUGUCCAACAGAAACAGUAGUGUUGUGGGCGAGUCUGCACUGUAUCGGUUUGGAUCAGUCCUAUUUUAAAUUGGGUAUCAUUGUUCCUGAUUCUUUUAUUCUAAAUGAGAAAAACCGAUUGUGAAACAUUUUUGUUAAAAAAUAUACUCUUUUGUAUUUUGGAGAAGUAAAAAAAAAUGCAUAUUUCAAAUUCCAAGACUGAUGGUUUUGUGGAUAAAUUACUGUUGUCAACAUUUAGAACAGUGGUCUUUGAUGGGUAGGAAUUUAUCUAAAAAUGUUUUUAAAAGAACACGUGAAGAAAAGAGUCUUUAGCCCCUUUCUCGUUGCCUGUAAAAGUUUCUCCAUGUAGCUGUUCUGUACAAAUGGCACUGAUAACACAUAAACUGGGGAUAAAAUCGAACUGGCAAUUUGAUAUAAUAGAUUGAAGUAGAAUGCCAUUUGUGUAUAAGGAUAUUCCGCAAUACUGGGAAUGCAGUCUAGGUUGACACUUCACAUUACAAAAAACAAUUGUCUGUCUGACAAGCAUGGCACUGACAUCAUCACACAUCUUGGUAUCUGAUUAUCUGAAUAUAUAGAUAUAUAUUAUAUAUAUUACAUGUAUAACAUACAUUUACGGCUCUGGGGCUGCUAUAUGGCGAGAGGUGUGUGUGUGUGUGUGUGUGUGUGUGUGUGUGUGUGUGUGUGUGUGUGU